UUUCGCGAAUCUUCGGUGCCCCAGAUCCGGCUCUCCUCUCCGCUUCACAUCUCUGCCCGGCCGCCUCCUCCUCCUCCUCUCUCCUCGCUCCUCACACUGUUACUUGUACUGCUGCCACUAGCCGAGCCUCUGCCAUCCCCUCUCUCUCGCCUCCAUUCCUACACCACCAGCAGCACCAGAGACAAAAACAACUUUGGGAGGAAAAAUAUACAGCAAAACCCUAGAUCUCUCUGCCCCCUCGGCAUUGCUGGUUGGGUGCGCCUUUCUAUGAGCGCGGGCCCCCGGUGGUGAGGGACGCACGGCGAUGGCCAACGCCGCCGCCGUCAUCGCCUCCCCGGCGCCCGGCGCCGCCGCGGCAGAGCCCGCCGGCUGGCUCAUGGACGAGCGCGACGGCUUCAUCUCCUGGCUGCGCGGCGAGUUCGCGGCCGCCAACGCCAUCAUCGACCUCCUCGUCGUCCACCUCCGCGGCGUCGGCGACCCGGGCGAGUACGACCACGUCGCCGCAGCCGUGCUGCAGCGCCGCCACCACUGGGCGCCCGUGAUCCACAUGCAGCAGUUCUUCCCCGUCGCCGACGUCGCCUUCGCGCUCCAGCAGGCCGGCUGGCGCCGCCGCGCGCAGCCUGCGCAGGCGCACGGGGCUGCCGCGUCGCAGAACGCGCCGCCGCCGCCGCCCUCUCGCCGCCCAGCGUUCUCGCAGUCCCACCACUCCCACCAUCACCAUCGCCACGGCGGCGGCCACUAUCGCCCCGAUCCAGCGCGCGGCGGCGGCGCGGUUGCGUCGGCUGGAUCCGAUAAAGAUGGACGUGAAGCUCAUAAUCACAAGGAAGGGAAGGUGCUGAAAGAAAUGGAGAACAUGGUUGACACUAAAAGCUUGUGGUUGGAUUCUCCUAAAAUUGAUGAAGGUGAGAAAAAUUCAAAGCUGCCAGCUGUUUCCGAUGGAAGCAGCAAAGGGGUUCCAACUCCUGUAGAGUAUUCAACCAAUGAAAUCAUUGAUGGCAAGACGGUUAAUUUUGUUGAAGGGCUCAAGGUUUAUGAAGGGUUGGUAAAUGUUACCGAGACAAACAAGAUUCUUUCUUUAGUUAAUGAAACAAAAGCUUCUUUCCGGCGAGGGGGUCUUGAAGCUGGGCAGACCGUUAUAAUUGGUAAGAGACCAUUGAAGGGUCAUGGAAGGGAAAUUGUUCAGAUGGGUGUUCCUAUCAUCGAAGGCCCUCCUGAUGACGAGAAUCAAAGAGAGACAAGGGUGGUGGCGAUUCCUGGGCUGCUGCAUGAUCUGUUUGAUCGCUUGUCUCAGCAGGAAAUUAUACCUUUCAAACCAGAUUAUUGUGUUAUCGACUUCUUCAAUGAGGUAAUUUUCUUUCAUAACUGUCGUAGCUUAAAAUCGGCCCUAGGUAUGAUUGAAUGCUUUUUCUUCCAGGGAGACUAUACUCAUCCUCACCACUCCCCUCCUUGGUAUGGUAGACCUGUUUGUACGCUCUGCUUAACAGACUGUGAUAUGGUGUUUGGCCGAGCUAUAUCAGGAGAACGAGGUGAUUAUAGAGGUCCCCUGAAGCUCACGCUCUCAACUGGGUCGCUUCUACUCCUGGAAGGGAAAAGUGCUGACGUUGCAAAACAAGCUAUUCCUUGCACACGUAAGCAGCGAAUCCUACUGAGUUUUGGAAAAUCUGUAGCAAGAAAGUGCAUUCCAUCUGAAAGUGCUUGGUUAACUCCCCCAUUGACAACUCCUACGCUGUGGGGUCCAUCAUCAAGGCCGGCUAACUUGGUACGCCAUCCCCAAAGUCCGAAACACUUUGGAUAUGCUCCUGCUAGUGGUGUUCUUCCAGCUCCAGCUGUUGGACCUCAUCACGUCUCUCCAUCUGAUGGAAUGCAGCCACUAUUUGUAGCCCCUGCUCCUGUUUCUGCUGCGGCCAUUCCAUUCACGCCAAACACAACAACGACAUGGGUACCAGAAGCUACUCCAAGGCCUGCCCCACCACGAUUCCCUGGUCCUGGUACAGGGGUCUUCCUUCCUCCUGGAUCAGGCCACCCACUGCCUCACCAGAUGAUGCCAGCAUCUCAAGGCCACGGUGAACCUAACUCUCCACAAGGUUCAUCAUCUGCUUACCUGCAGAACAAGAUCGCCGGCAAGGAGGUGUCUAAUGGUCAUCUUUCCCCAAAGAGCUCGCCAACAAACAAAUCUUACACAACCGAGGAGAAAGCAGAAUGUAAUGGGAGCUCAAAUGGUGGCAGCAGCUUUGCAGAAGAAAAGUCAGCUGUAGGCAAGGGACAGCAGAAUGGUAGUCUGAAGGAUGUUGGGAGUAGCAAGGUCCAGCCGCAUGGACAAGCCUCUAAAUAGAGGGGGAGUUACAGUACAUAGACAACAGAAACUGAAGAGAUCAGGAGACUUGGAUUUUUCAGGCGGUGAUAUCACGGAAGCAUGCAGAGAUUUGCAGAGGUCUUUCACGGCAACUCUCGUAACCUUGACAAGAAACCUUGGUGUCAAGUUCCUAAGACUGAAAACUCUGUCUUAAAUUUUGUAGCUGCUCUGUAGCAAACUGGAUUUAUCAAGCUGCCUUAAGUUAUCGUCAGCUAUCAUUACCCGAAUGUGGGACUGUUCCUUGGGCAGUGAAAACCAUUUCUGAUGUAUUUUGUUGCCGUAAUCUUAAGCCAACACAUCGGAAAUGGAAAAAAUGGGGGAGAGACUUAUUGCAUGAGUAUGGUCCUUAUUAACU